AUGAGCAUCGAUCCUGAUGAAAUUUUCCGAGCAGAAUCAAAAUUGAUCAUACAUUCGAGCGUGUCGUUUCCAUAUUUGGAUCCACUUAGAUCACCUAUCAUGCCUGUCGCGUUGUUGGAGAUCUGAGCUGUUUGAGAAGCUGUCCGGUCGGGUUGAUCUCUCGGACGGCUCCGCCGGUGUGGGUGCCGACCGCGCCCUGCCCCCGGAGCCGGAUGCCGGCGGAUCGGAGCGGCGCGAAUGGCCCCCAGCCGGCAAGUCACGGCGUCGGCCACCGCCCACCGCCGGCCGUAUAAAAGGCCGUGCCGCCGGCCGAACUGCACACAGCUCUUCACGCAGCUCUCCAAACACUCCCAACAUGAAGCUCCUGGUUGUGCUGGCCGUCCUGGGAGUCGCUGCUGCGGCCGAGGACCAGAAGGCUGAGGAUGCCACGUACGUGUCCACGUACGCGGCCCACCCGUACCCGCUGACGUAUUCGGCCGGCUACCCGCUCACCUACAGUGCCGGCUACCACGCCCCGGCCGUCUACAGCGCCGGCUACAGCCCGCUGGCCUACAACGGCUUCUACAACGGCGUCUACCACGGCUACACCGCCCCCGUGGUGCACUCGCUCAAGAAGCGUGACGUGUCGGACGCCGAGGACCAGCAGGCCGACGAGGCCACGUACGUGUCCACGUACGCCGCCCACCCGUACAGCCCGCUGACCUACACGGCCGGCUACCCGUACCGGGCGGUGACCUACAGCGGCCUGAGCACGCCGGCCAGCACGGCGCCGCUGGCCUACACCGCUCCGCUGGCCUACCCCUACCGCUACGGCUACUUCUAGACGGACCGACCGACCGGAGCGACGUGCCGGGCCGGCCGCUGCCGGCUGCAGGAGACCGGUGGCGCUGGGCCGAGCUGGGAGGCGCACCGGGACCCGUUGGUGUGUGCCCGGCGUCUCAGCUGCUCGUGCUACCAGAACACGCCACCGGUGCCGGAUCGCAGCGGCCUGCACGUGUUUUGACCCUGCCUGAGGAACUGUUGGCAUUGAACUUUUCUGGCAUUGGUAUCAUUUGCUUCAUGAUUGCUUGUGAAGGUUUUUCAUUGACAAAUAAAAAUCAUUGAGCAGA